AUGGCUUCUAGUUUGAAAUCAGAAACAAAUUGGAGAUUCAAUAGAGCGAAUUAUCCUACGACCAAAAAUACUGCGUCGUCGCCGAUGAAUUAUUCCUGUGAAAAUGAAGUAUCUACUUACGUGCCUGAAGAUGAAGAAAACUUUGGCAUCGAAGUUAUCAAAAUUGACAAUAACAGAUAUAAGACCAGUUUACAUGUGUCACAGCUUUAUAUAGGCUGCAUCAUUGGAAGAAAAGGUGUUACAAAGAAAAGCAUUGAAAACGAUACAAAAGCUUAUAUUAUGAUACCAAAUCAAAAACAGGAACAAACUGAGGAUAUAACAAUCAUUGGGGCAAGUAUAGAAAACGUUAUGGCUGCAAGAAAACGAAUAAAUAAUAUUGUGGUUUCAGCUAGAAUGAGACAACGGCCAACACAUUUCAUAUCAUUACCUCUGAAUACAACAACAGUUAUGGAAAAUUUUGAGAAAUUUAAGGAAGCUGUUCUUAGUAGCUGUUCGAUGAAUGAUGGUGUCGAAGAUUCAUUGUUCAUUAGUGGACGUAAACUUCACCUUACUGUUGGAGUUAUGUGUCUGUCGGACAAUGUGGAGAGAUCGCAUGCAUCCAAAUUGCUAACUGAAGCUCGCGAAAAAGUCGUGAUGCCACUUAUACAACAAUAUAUCCCCAUAAAAAUACGUCUUAAAGGUCUAUCGUGUAUGAAUGACGACCCAAAAGCAACUCAUGUCUUAUAUUGUAAUGUGCAAGAAGAGGAUGGCCCAAGUGGUUUACUUCAAAAGCUUACAGAUGGAUUAGCGCAAUAUUUUCUCAAAGCACACAUCAUGAAGAAAGAAUUUGGAAGGGAUAAUGUCAAAAUGCAUGUAACAUUGCUUAAUUCACGUUACAGAAACCAAUCUGCGGACGUUGCAAAAGAACACUCACGAAAUCUCAGGAACAAAAGAAUGAGCUUCAAUGGUUCUAAGAUUCUCAAAAAGUUUUCUGAGUACGAUUUUGGAGUUUCCACACUAUCAGACAUACAUCUUUCCCAGAUGAAAGUAGUGGGACCUGAUGGGUAUUACUUACCGACAUGCGUUAUUUCUCUCCAAUAG